AUGGAUGGCAUCUUCCCCGCCGCAAAGCAAGCCCCGCUACGCAGGCCGGGCAAAUUCGCUCGACGAACGCAGCGGAAGGCCUCCGGUCCACAGCAGCUUCGUAUCUGCAAGUUGAGCGGGGAAGUCGUAGCUAAAACAAACACACAUCGACAUAGAACGCCGAUGGACCUGCUUACGUACUUAGAGCCCGUUUGCGGCGUUUCCAAGUACAGGAUCAGGCUACUUCAAGACGGGCAGAGGCUUCGAAAGAAUGGCGUUCGGCGCUUCUCUUCCGCGGAGGAUUUGCAGGUAGUCCUCCUGCCCUACGUGCGGACCAACAGCAAUAGCCAAGUCUCCCGAAACCUCCGAGAAGCUCUCUACGAGCAAGACACGGCAAAAUUGAAGAAAUUGCUUUGGCGACCGGUUGAUCCAAACACAACCUUUCCCCGAUACCUCCCGCGUCCUAUCACAGCAUUGGAGUUUGCGUUGCUGAACCAGGGACCACGCACGAAAACGGUUCUGUUGACGCUGCUAGAAGCCAAAGCAGCUCCUGACCGGCCCGAAAACCAAGGGAUGCUCUGCACGGCACUGAAGCACGGAGAAGACGAAUGCGUGCGACUGCUGCUAAAGCAUCGGGCCGACCCGAACGGUUCCAAGAACCGAAUAAUGCCCAUAGACAUAGCAUGCCAGCGUCGUCCCGAGCAAGGGUCAUUUCAGCGUGAAGCGCCCAAGACAGUAGCCAUGUUGCUGUCAGCAAAAGCAGACGUACAGCCCAUGCUUCGGGAUGCCAACAGCUGGGCCAUGCAACCAACCCCAAGGGAUUAUCUAGAUUACAUACAUCCUCGCACGCUCGCCAGCACCGUAUCCUUGGUGCGUGCUGCAGUGAUGCACGCAAACCCGACGUUCAUGCAGCAACUCGUCCAGACUGCCGAAAACGCGAAUGUUUGCAUCCUGCCCGCAUGCCUCUGCAGCGCAGCCUACGGAGGCAACGAGCACGCCGUACUCUGGCUUCUGAACGCGCAAGCCGCAGUGGACUCGCACAUCUGCCACCUCGUGCUGAAGGGAGCUCAUCAACUCCUCUUCAGCGUCCAUGCUCGCCGCACAGCCCUCGCCCUGGCUGCGGGCAGAGGUCACUGCGGAAUAGUCGCAAUGCUGCUCCGAGCCAGAGCGGAUCCGAAUACAAGACUGGACGGACAGACGGCCUUGUUGCAAGCUGCAGCACACGGAGCUCCCGAAACAGUGGUGUGCUCAAUCUUGAAAGCUGCCGGAGAAGUAAACCGAGAGGACAGCUUUGGCCGCACCGCUCUCAGACUCGCUUUGCUUUACAGAAAGCCGCCAGAUUUGCAGGUCGUUCAGGCGCUGUUGCAAGCCAAAGCCGACAAACAGCACAGAGACCAAUUCGGCAGAAGCCCUCUCAGCAUUGCAGCUCAGAAACUCGACGGCGCACUCCUGAAUCUGAUGCAAGACGAGGCGAUGCAGAAGUGA